AUGAACCGCUGGCGAAUCGCUUCCAUGCUCAGCCGUUCUUCUUCCACUGUGCACUGCAUAAGGAGCUUCAACGACUGGCCAGCUAGACUGACCGCAGCGUAUGACUCCGAUGAGACCGCAGGCUCGGAGGAGGAUUCCGGGUCUUCUAGGGGAUCACGUCAUCUACAGAGGACCAUAAGCUACCCGUCGGAUCAAGAUGAUAUCGAUCAGAAAGCAGAGAUGUUCAUAGCUAAUUUCCGGCGCCAACUUCAGAUUGAAAGACAGGUCUCUUUGCAGCUGAGAUACUGCAGAGGAAAUAGUUUUGAAAUGGCAUCUCCUUGA